AUGGCCGACGAGGAACAUCUAUCUAUCUAUCUAUCUAUCUAUCUAUCUAUCUAUCUAUCUAUCUAUCUAUCUAUCUAUGACAUUCUCUUCAAUAUCUAUCUAUCUAUCUAUCUAUCUAUCACAUUCUCUUCAAUAUCUAUCUAUCUAUCUAUCUAUCUAUCUAUCUAUGUGAGUCUCUUCAAUAUCUAUCUGUCUGUCUAUCUAUCUAUCUAUCUAUCUCAUACUCUUCAAUAUCUAUCGAUCUUGCGUCUAGUCAGUCUGAAAAGUUUAUCUCUUUUUAUUCCUCUCUUUCACCUUUCUUCUCUCUUUGGCUCUUUCUGUCUCUCUCUCUCUCAAUCUCUCUCUCUCCCUCUCUCUCUCUCUCUCUCUCUUUCCCACUCCUUUUGCCGCUCUCUUUCCAUCUCUCUCUUAUUCGUUCCUUUUUUCUCUUUUCCCUCUCUCCCAAUCGCUCCUUUUUGUUCCUUUCUUUCAAUUUCUUGUCUCACUUUCGCUCCUUUUGUCUGUCUAUCUAUCUAUCUAUCUAUCUAUCUAUAUAUAUAUAUAUAUAUAUAUAUAUAUAUAUAUAUAUAUAUAUAUAUAUAUAUCUUUUUUCGCACCUUUGCCUUUCUCUUUCCAUCUCUCUCUUAUUCGCUCCUUUUUUCUCUCUUUUCCCACUCUCUCCCAAUCGCCCUUUUGUCCCUUUCUUUCAAUUUCUUGUCUCACUUUCGCUCCUUUUGUCUAUCUAUCUAUCUAUCUAUCUAUCUAUCUCAUUCUCUUCAAUAUCUAUCUAUCUAUCUAUCUAUCUCUUUCGCACCUUUUGCCUUUCUCUUUCCAUCUCUCUCUUAUUCGCUCCUUUUUUCUCUCUCUUUCCCACUCUCUCCCAAUCGCCCCUUUUGUCCCUUUCUUUCAAUUUCUUGUCUCACUUUCGCUCCUUUUGUCUAUCUAUCUAUCUAUCUAUCUAUCUAUCUAUCUAUCUAUCUCAUUCUCUUCAAUAUCUAUCUAUCUAUCUAUCUAUCUAUCUAUCUCUUUCGCUCCUUUUGCUUCACUCUUUCCAUCUCUCUCUUAUUUGCUCCUUUUUUCUCUCUCUUUACCAAUCUCUCCCAAUCGCUCCUUUUGUUCCUUUCUUUCAAUUUUUUUGUCUCAAUUUCGCUCCUUUUGUCUGUCUCUCUCUCUCUCUCUCUCUCUCUCUUUCGCUCCUUUUGCCUCUCUCUUUCCAUCUCUCUCUUGUUCGCUCCUUUUUUUCUCUCUCUUUCCCAAUCUCUCCCAAUCGCUCCUUUUUUUCCCUUCUUUCAAUUUCUUGUCUCACUAUCGCUCCUUUUGUCUGUCUAUCUAUCUAUCUAUCUAUCUAUCUAUCUAUUUUUCGCUCCUUUUGCCUCUCUCUUUCCAUCUCUCUCUUAUUCGCUCCUUUUUUCUCUCUUUCCCACUCUCUCCCAAUCGCUCCUUUUGUCCCUUUCUUUCAAUAUCUUGUCUCACUUUCGCUCCUUUUGUCUCUCUCUCUCUCUCUCUCUCUCUCUCUCUCUCUCCUACAAUCCCUACUCUAUUCACUCUUAA